AUGCGCCUCACCACCUUCUUGGUCGCCCUGGCCACGGCAACCCUCACAGCCGCAACGCGAAACCUCUACAUAAUCGCGCACCAAGACGACGACCUCCUCUUCAUGAAUCCCUCCCUCCUCCACGCCAUUCAUGCGGGAGACACCAUCCAAACAGUCUACCUAACCGCCGGCGACAGCGGGCUGGACGCCGCCUACUGGUCGAGCCGACAAGGCGGCGCGCUCGCCGCCUACGCGCAGAUGGCCGGUGUCUCCAACACAUGGGACGAAUACGACCUCGGAAUCGAGGGCAAGAAUAUCCCGAAAUAUACCCUGCGCGAGCGCGACAACAUCUCACUAGCGUUCAUGCACAUCCCCGACGGCAAUGGUGACGGGAACGGAUUCGCGAGUACAGGGAACGAAAGCCUCGAGAAACUGUGGCAGGGCGCGAUCCCCUAUAUCCGCACAGUCGACGAUUCCGGAACGACAUAUAGCCGUGGAGGUCUGAUCGCGAGCCUUGCGCAGGCAAUCAAUGCCUUCGCGCCGGAUGCUAUAAGCUCGCUGGACUAUAUCCAUGCCUUUGGGACGGGCGAUCAUAGUGACCAUACGGCUGGCGCGCUGUUUGCCAAUCAGGCGGCGAUUUUGUCGACUUUCCCAGGGGAUGUCAAGGCGUAUGAGGGGUAUCCGAUUAAGACUUUGCCGGCGAAUGUUGUGGGAAAAGAUCUCCUGGAGAAGAAAAAGGCGUUCUAUACGUAUGGGCCGUUUGAUUCGGCGACGUGCGCGAGUGAUGCGACCUGUGCUGGGAAGGAGUAUGAGCCUUGGCUGUUGAGGGAGUAUAAGCUGAAUUAG